AGUAGUGAGCUAUCUCACUAGGAGAUCGGUUUGGAAUAUGAAAAAGGUGAAAGACGAGACGGCGUAAUUAUCCGCCGUGUGUUUAUUUAGCGCUAUAUACACCACACGCCCCUUUUCUGACAACUAAUGUACCAGAUGAUAUAGAAGCCUACAUAAAGCAGCGCGGCGUGUCGCAGCCAUAUGAAGCGUAAAAGAUGACUCUGCGAGGUAAAGUGGCUCUAGUUACGGGCGGUGCGCAAGGCAUCGGCAGAGCCGUCGCAGAAAGCCUACUGAAGAAUGAAGCAAAGGUUGCACUUGUUGACUUGAAUCAAAGUGUCGGAGAGGAAUGCAAGAAGAUUUUAGAUGGAGAGUUUGGAGAUGGGAACUGCAUUUUCAUUCAGUGUGACGUGACGGACAGAUUGAAACUUAAAGAUGCUUUUCAAAGUACAGUCGACCGGUUUGGAAGAUUGGACAUUGUUGUCAACAAUGCUGGCAUCAACAAUGAGAAGGACUGGGAGAAGACCAUUGAAGUAAAUCUGACAUCCGUCAUCAAGGGAACUUACCUGGCCCUGGAUCAUAUGAGCAAAGAGUAUGGAAAAGAAGGAGGAGUCAUCAUCAAUGUCUCAUCCAUGGCAGCUUUCCUUCAUUCCCCCUACCAGCCAGUGUACACGGCCACAAAGCACGGGGUGAUAGGCUUCUCCAGAGCCAUAGCGGAUGCAGCCGAGGUGGAGAACUAUGGUGUGAGGAUCAACACGCUGUGCCCUGCCUUCGUGGACACCCCUCUCCUGCGCUCCGUGGAACACGAGGACAACAUGGGCAAGUUUGACAAGUUCAAGGACGACUUAAAGAGGAGCGUGCACAAGUUCGGGGUGCUUCAACCGUCGCUGAUCGCAGAGGGAGUGUUGCGCCUGAUAACUGAUACCGGUCUAAACGGCGCCGUGAUGAAGAUCACCUGCUCUAAAGGGAUCCACUUCCACACCUACGAGCCCCUGUCCGCUUGAGAGGAACAACACGGGAUACCGUCGGACUUCUGUCACCCACCCAGACAAAGGAACUUAAAGUAGUCGGAGUAUGGAGUCAUUCAGAAAGUAGACCCAUGUGUCUAUUGAAUUGGUAGAAAUGUAGGCCCAUUGAAUUAGGAAUUAGAAUAGUCAUUUAAUGGGACCUCUAUUUGUAUGCCUACGUUGGAUGUAACCAAGAUUCCAGUAGUCUUACUUAAUAGGUGUGAACAAAGGUAGACAAAGAGGGUUUAGUUUUCGGGUUUCCCUCAUCAUAAAAUCCUCCAGUUGAUUUGACUAGUAUGAGAGACUUGGUACACAUUGACUGCUGUAUUUAUUUUAUUUUAUUUAUUUAACUAGGCAAGUCAGUUAAGAAAAAAUUGUUAUUACCCAAUUAUGAAAUGGACAUUUUAUCACAAAGCACAAUAUGUGUUUACAAUUCUACCAAAUAACUGUAGUUUAUUUAUGAUACAAUAGCAUACUUUAUUAUCAUAGAAUAUGUGAAAAUUGUGUUUUUGUUGUCUGUCAGACAAUAAACUUUGACUCCUUUCCUCUUCUCA